UUAAAAUGUCCACUUCGAUAAUUCUGCUGAUUCCCGAACAUUCGCUUGACCCAGGACACACUAGCUGCAUACGUAGCUUCCUCGGAGCAAUAAAAAAACCUUCUGACUCGGACCGGAAGGCGGAACGACACGAUGGUACCAGUCGUCGAGUCAUAGGCAACGAGUACGCUUCACAACGGUGCGUCACCUAUUCUUCUUUACGUUGCAGAACACCAGCAGCCACUCUCCUGUAAUAGCGUGGAUCAGGACUAUCUUGUCGUUGCGUUGACUCUAUCCGUAUCCCCCGGACCAGAACUCGUUGCUGUUCUCUGGACAAGCCAGUCAACCUAUUUGUUUUGGCUACCAUUGUGGACCAGAAGUACAGCCAAGUUCCAGAGAAUAGGUCGGCUGGUUGACGCUGCCCUAGUUGUCACCAACUCUCAGUUCGGAAUGUCUUCCUCACGGAACACGUCAGAAGCAGAAGGCCACCAACGGAUGACGGGAGCGCAACUACCCAGCUACACGAUGGAGUAUUUUCCGCCGUUGGACUCACAAGGUCCACAGCCGGCUACUGUACAGGCAUUCGAUGGGACACAUCAACAGGUACAGACAGGGCUGCAAGCUGCAGGGACAAAUGUCGGUCCAGUACAGCCUGAUCCCAACAAUAGCUGGACACAGCCUAUUGCGAGCCAAUCGCAGCCUGUUGGUCAGCAGCACAGCCAUAUUGGACAACCGGUCAGCACUGGUGGCUUCAGAAGGAUUAGCAGUAGUAUUGAGGGGCUUCAACGAUCAUCAAUAGAUGAGCCAGCAAUGAGUCUCCCACCACAUUCUCAUCCAACCAUUGGUCUUAUGUCAUCACCAGCCCAAUUUGCGAGUCCCUACGGCCAGCAAAUGAAUCACCACGUCCAUGCCACUGCUACCAGUGGUAAUCAGACAUUAGCAGCAUACCUGCCAUAUAGUGUCCCAGCAAUGCACAGCAGUAUGGCCAGCUCUAACAAUCCUGUGGAAAUGCACGCCGGCUUUCCACAGACCACACUGAACAAUCUAUCACAAGGCGACGAGUAUCAAUCGGACAACCCCUCUGCCCCUCCAGUGUUUGGCGGACAUCCCAGAAAUCUGUGCGAAUGGCGUGUGAACAAUGGUCUACAAUUGUGUGGGUUGGCUUUCUAUAGUGUCACCGAACUAGCGCAGCACAUAACAAACGUUCAUCUCCAGCAACAGGACACUACCGAACAUCCCACACAGGAAGGUAGCAAUGUCUACAUCUGCCACUGGGACCAGUGUACACGCACCAAAGGAUUCAAAGCCAAAUUUAAGCUUGUUAACCAUAUACGAGUUCAUACAGGUGAAAAACCCUUUGUCUGCGAUCAUCAAGACUGCUCACGCAAAGCAUUCCCAAGAUCCGAAAACCUGAAGAUACACUACAGAGUCCACACAAAGGAAAAGCCGUUUCCCUGCACCUUCCCGGACUGUCAGAAAAGAUUUUCAAAUUCCUCGGAUCGAAAGAAGCACAUGGUCGUGCACACGAAUGAUAAACCCUACCAAUGCAGGGCAGCAGGAUGUACGAAGAGAUAUACACAACCGAGCUCGCUUAAAAAGCACUCCAAGCAGCAUGAUGCUCGAAAUGCAGCCAAUGGCGGAAAUGCUCUUUCCUACAGUACCACGGACACCAGCGCAGAGAACAGUGGCCUGACGUCUGCGGAUGGUUCUAUUGCUGCGGACGGAGAAAGUGAUCAUGGCAGUUCGAUUUCAUCCGAUGAGGUACUUGCAGACCGGCACCACCACUAUCAACAAGAACAGGAAGAACAGCAGCAGCAGCACCAACAUCAACAACACCAUUUUGCACUUGUGACUUGCACGGACCAGUGUCAGCCUGCACAGCCGCAACACUUACCACUGGGAACGUCCUCAAGCAUGCUGACUGUGAAUUCAGCAUCUACGUCAUCUUUGCCACAGUUACCUUAUCAUUUGCACUCUGCCCAGGCAACUGCUAGUAGUGAUCUGGUCAACAGUGCACAACCAACACCACCUGGACAGCCGUCUGGUAGCUAUGAGGUGUUCAGUGAAGUAUACCAUGACAAUGCCGGAAAGGGUGACCUAGUAGUGGCAAGCCUAGGCAGUAGAGCAACAAGAAAUGAUCCCUUGUCUACAUGUUCCAUACAGACAUUCCCACAGCCGCCGCCACCACCACAGCCAGAAGCAGCAGCAACAGAAGCAGCAGCUGUGCCAGCAGCUGUGCAAGAACUGACUCAAAACAAACAGCUUGUUUAGCAGCAACAUACUCACUUCCAAUACCCGGCAGCACGUCAGCAGUUGCAGCAACAACCUCAUCAUCAACAUCUAGAACAGCAGCUCCAGAAGCAGGAUCAUCAUCAGCAUCAGCAUCAGCAUCAGCAGCACCAGGAAUCACGUGACCAAUGUCAGCAGUCGCAAAUCUAUCCAACUCACCACCAUCAGCUGCCGAC